CAUUCUGGUGAAGUUUAGAGAGACUUGGUGGUUGACCAAUCGAAUUUGGGAUGCUGAUAAAAGGGGACCUAUUUUCGUGAGAAGAGCGAAAAAAAUUGCCAUGUUUCCCAAACUUGCAAUCCUGCUGCCUCUCCUCGUGAGCUUUGUAGCCUCUGAAGAUACCAGCUUUCUCUUCAAUGGGUUUAGAUCGGGAAAUCUAAGCCUAGACGGCAUAGCUGAAAUCACCCCUAAUGGCCUUUUGAGGCUCACCAAUGACACCAGACAGCAAAAGGGUCAUGCUUUCUACCCCAAUCAGGUCAGCUUCAAGAAAUCCUUGAAUGGCACCGCUUCCUCCUUCUCUACUACCUUUGUAUUUGCUAUCAUUUCUGAAUAUCCCACUUUGAGCGGCCAUGGCAUUGCUUUUGUUGUUGCUCCCACAAGAGGGCUCCCAGGAGCUCUCCCAAGCCAGUACCUUGGCCUUUUCAAUGGUAGCAACAACGGUAAUGACACCAACCAUGUUUUCGCCGUAGAGCUCGAUACCAUCCAGAGCAGCGAGUUUGGUGACAUCAAUGAUAACCAUGUUGGGAUUGAUAUAAAUGGGUUGAAGUCAAAAACAUCUUUUCCCGCAGGAUAUACUGCCGACAACAAUGGUGGGUUUAGGAACUUGAGUCUUAUCAGCGGCCGCCAAAUGCGAGUUUGGGUGGAAUAUGAUGGUGUCGAGAAGAAAAUCGAGGUCACUAUGGCUCCAAUUAAUGUCGGAAAACCCAAAACUCCGCUCUUGUCUUUGCUCCGUGAUCUUUCACCCAUCAUUGAAGACAACAUGUAUGUUGGCUUCUCUUCCUCAACCGGCUCAGUCCUAACAGCCCAUUAUGUUACGGGAUGGAGCUUUAAGGUGAACGGCCUGGCUCCAGAACUUGAUCUCUCUCAACUUCCCAAGCUGCCACGGAUUGGAGGUAAACCCAGAUCUAAAUUUUUGACAAUUGGGUUGCCUGUGAUUAUUGUCAGUUCAGUCUCCGUAGCAAUUUCAGCGUUAGUUUUUUUCAUAAAAAGGAAAAGGAAGUUUGCAGAAUUGCUAGAAGACUGGGAGCUUCAAUAUGGGCCUCACAGAUUCAAAUUCAAAGAUCUUUAUAUUGCCACAAAAGGAUUUAGGGACAAAUAUCUGUUGGGCGCUGGCGGAUUUGGUAGGGUGUAUAGAGGUGUACUACCUACCUCAAAAAUUGACAUUGCAGUGAAGAGGGUCUCCCAUGAAUCAAAGCAGGGGAUGAAAGAAUUUGUUGCAGAAAUUGUAAGCAUUGGUCGGCUUCGUCACAGGAAUUUAGUUCCACUCUUGGGGUAUUGCCGGCGCAAGGGAGAGCUGCUUUUGGUGUACGACUACAUGCCCAACGGCAGCCUAGACAAGUACCUCUUCGACCAACCUGAGGUUACACUGAGCUGGAGCCAGAGAUUUCGAGUGAUAAAAGGUGUAGCAUCGGGGCUGUUUUAUCUGCAUGAAGAAUGGGAGCAGGUUGUUAUUCACAGAGAUGUCAAGGCUAGUAAUGUCUUGCUAGAUGGUGAAUUGAAUGCCAGAUUAGGAGACUUCGGCCUUGCAAGAUUAUAUGACCACGGAACUGCUCCUCGAACUACCCAUGUGGUCGGAACUUUUGGGUAUCUUGCGCCGGAGCAUAGUCGAAGCGGCAAGGCCACGACAGGCACCGAUGUGUUUGCUUUCGGGGCGUUUUUGCUUGAGGUUUCUUGUGGAAAGAGACCAAUAGAGCCAAGAGGAGCAGCAGAUGACGUCCUUCUGCUUGAUUGGGUGUUUUCUCAUUGGAACCGAGGCGAAAUUCUUGCGGCAAGAGAUGUAAGUUUGGGUGCAGAUUAUGUAGCAGAGGAAGUAGAGCUUGUUUUGAAACUUGGGUUGCUCUGUUCCCAUUCAGAGCCUACUGCUAGGCCAAGCAUGCGCCAAGUAGUGCAGUUCUUGGAGGGUGAUUUUCCUCUUCCAGAGUUAUCAUCGCUUGGCCUUUGUGCCAACGGCUUAACAUUUAUGCAUCAUAAGGAAAGUGGUUUCAGUGAUUUUGCCAUGUCCUAUCCGUCUUCAGGUGACAGGUUUACACAGUCCUCUUUUGCUGCAGAGUCACUUCUCUCAGGAGGUCGCUGAUUCUAAAAACUUUUGUUUGAGUUUGUUAGUAAUGAUCUUUGAAAUGAUCGUAGUAGAUAGUUUGUUUUCAGGCAGUGCAGUAUAUUUAUUAUUGAUGUGCAAACAUGGGCAAGAUGAGCUCCCUGGGUUGAUGGGGCCUUCUGUGUUCAUUUAUUUUGCAACUUUGCAUCCUGCAGAAUAAUUCAUCAGCGUUUUGGAUUUA